AUGGACUCGUACAAAGCUGAACCAAUUGGCUUGUUAAACAAGGCAGAUGACAAGAGGGUGGUACCCCGAGGAUUAGCUAGAGAGGAGGAGCCUGAGAAAUGGCUGCCGAGAUGGGACAUGAUGAAGAUGCAUGUAUUGCAUUUGUUAUGCACUCAUCCUUUAAAAGCAUAUUUAUCCGGCCCUUGUCUUGCACAUACAUCACCUAGAGCGGCCCUCUGUCUUUUCCGUCUCCUCCUCUUCCUCCUCUAUAGCUAUCCUUGUAAUGAUCCGGAGAGCACUUCUUCAUCGAGGGGAAGUCACUUAGGGAGCGAUACAACAAUUCCUAAUCUAACGUGGCCGGUCUUGGUGUCUCCCUAUCCAAGGAGGUACCUAUUAAUAAAACAAAGAGGAGCAGACAGACGCUUCCUACGGAGGAAGUGGCAAGGAGGAUGCACGACUGCCAAUUGGGAUUUGUUAAUGGCUGGCUCAUAUCCAACGCCUUCCGACCAGGCAGUUUAUGGAUUGGUAUCCAAGAGAACACGUGAGGAAGAGAGGACGCCCGCCGACAGACUGGGACAAGGAGAUGAAGAAGACCUGCGGGGGAGCAGCCUGGAAGAGAGUAGCAUUAGAGAGGAAAGAGUGGAAGCGGAUGGGACAGGUUCAUUACCUAGUGUGGUUGCAAGAGUGCCAGGAAAAAAAGAAGAAAGAAAUUUAACUCAAAACCUCAACUAA